CCGCUCGGCCACCUCCACAAUUCUCCGAUCUCCACUCCCCGAGAACAGAAAACCCUAAACCCCCCCAACCCUCGCCGCCGGCCGGUACCCGCCACCGCCAUGUUCGGGACCCCGAGUUCCUCGCCCCUAUUCGGGACCCCCUCCACCACCCCGGCAUUCGGCGCCCCUUCCACCACCCCCUCCUUCGGCACGCCCUCCACCACCCCCGCCUUCGGCACCCCUUCCUCCACGCCGGCGUUCGGCGCCCCCUCGACCACCCCGCCCUUCGGCACCCCUUCUACCGCUCCCGCGUUCGGGACCCCGUCCUCGACCCCGGCGUUCGGCGCGCCCUCUUCCACCCCGGCGUUCGGCGUGGCGCCGUCGCCGUCGCCAUCACCGUUUGGGUUCCAGCAGCAGCAGCAGCAGAUGGCGACGCCGUCCCCGUCGCCGUUCGGGUUCACCGGUGGGGGUGGCGGGCAGAUCACCACCCAGAUGGCCCCCGUCGCGCCGCUGCCGCUCUCACCCUCCGACCGUGACAUCCAGGCUAUCGUGGAUGCGUACAAGGAAGACCCUGGAAACCCUCGUUAUGCUUUCAGGCAUCUGUUGUUUAGCGUUAUAGAGCCUUCCCAAAGGGUGAAGCCAGUUGCGGCAUCUGAUAUUAUGUGGGCUGAAGCAAUGGGGAAGCUUGAAGGCAUGGAUAGUUCGGAUAGAGAGAGGCUAUGGCCUCAACUCGUUCAGGGAUUUAAGGAUCUUUCAUUUCGGCUUAAGCUUCAAGAUGAAGUUCUUGUCUCAGAUGCAGACAGAUUGAGCAUGACCCACUCCAACGUUAAAAAGUUGCAAAGGCAUUUCCAAGCUGACACAUAUCCAUGGAUCCAACGGCUGAAGCAGCAAGAGUUGGUUACUGAGAGACGCCUCUUGAGGAUAAUGAGAAUAGUGGAGGCAUUAGAGAAUCGAGGUUAUCGCAUACCACUAACGAAGGAGGAAGCUGAUCUAUAUGAACGACUGUCUGCUAUAACAAAGCAGCUAAAAGGGCCUACUGGUGAUCUGCACAAGAGAGUUUAUAAUCUUCUUUCAACUUCCCGCCUUCUUGCUAGCACUGGUGGUGCCGGUGGCCCUAUCUAUAUUCCUAGCUCGGCCAAAGUUGACGAACAGAGUGUUGCUGACCUUCUUGAGGCCUUGCAACAACAGACGGAGGCUGUUGCCAAGUUGGGCAAUGUGAUGAAAAGAGAUACACGAGACUUGGAAAUCAUACUUUCAGAAGACACGGACAUGGCGGAUGACAGUGUUGGGAGAAUGGCAUUGAAGAUGUAGAACCUUUGAUAUGUAAAGCAGGAGAUCCAACCUUUGAUGAAUGAUCUGUGCGUCAAGAAGAUGGCAGUGAGACGGACGUUUAACCUGAAUUGCUAGCGUUGCAAAAGGUCUAAAACGAGCAUUGUUUGGAAAUUAAACCACAUUCCUGGGCUAAUGCCAUAGUAGUAUUGGUGGUUUAUGUUUGGCAGUGUGGGCAGGGCCACUUUUGGUGAUGGGAAAAGAACAUUUCUGACCAGUGUGACCACAUCGUAAGAUAUUGGCAUUAGCGUAAAUCAUACGGGCACCUGGUUCUGGUGAUGGGAAAAUAACAUUUCUAAGCCCUCGUUGACUAGUUAGCUUCUCAGAGUUUGACUGCCUGGAUUUAACACUUGUAUAACAUUUUAGAUUGCUUUAGAUGAUUUCCUGCGUCAGACUAUCCAAUAUGAUCGGCCAAGCCACCUCCAAAUAUUCCAGUAUGUGAUUCUGAAAAUUCCUGCAAAUCGUAUCUACUAUUGCCUUGCAGUUUGGUGCACCUUUGUGUGUGUGUGUGUGUGUGUGUGUGUGUGUGUGUGUGUGUGUGUGAUACAGGACAAGCUAGAAUUGUAGAAGAAGCAAGAGAAGGCAUCGGCAUUACAUGUGGAGGGUGGAUUCUGUAAUUGAGUUUGUUAUUUUGGUGGUUCAUACGGGAAAAGAAGUUAAAAUAUGCGUUAUUUUUCUUCGGUC